AUGGAGGAGGAGGCGGGGCAUGCGGGGGAGGUGAGGGCGCAAGCGGACGCGGACAAGGCGGAAGACUCGCGCGGGGAGGGGGAGGAAACGCGGGAGCGCGGGGGGGCGGCCACAGGGCUGGGCGCAGAGGCGGAGGGCUCGGCGCACAGCCCGCAGGGGGGUGGCGCGGAUGGGGAGGGGAAGGGCAGGCGGAGGGGGAAGGAAGGCGGGAAAGAGUCCGCGGAGGGGGAUCAGGGCGCGGAAGAGGAGGGGAAAGACCCGGGGAUGGAGCUAGAGAUGAAGGCGGAAGAGGAUACACUGGCGGAAGAGGCGGAACAGGCAGCGGCGGAGGCGGAAGCGGAGGCGGAGGCGGAAGCCGCCGUGGCGGCAGCAGCCGCGGAAGCAGCGGAGGCGGAUGAGAAGAUGGGGGAGGGCGGGGAGAAGGGCGGAGGCGGAGGCGGAGGGGGAGGCGGAGGCGGCGGGGGAGGGGGAGGGGGAGGCGGGGGAAUGGAUGAGCCAUCUCAGAGGCCUCCGCAUGGGUCGGAGGUGUUUGUGGGGGGAAUUACAAGAGAUAUCUCAGAAGAGGAUAUUCGGGAGCUGUUUUCACAAAUUGGCGAGAUCUAUGAGGUGCGCGUGCUGAAGGACAGGGAGACGGGCAACCUCAAGGGGUACGGCUUUGUGACAUUCUUCAACCGCCAGCAUGCUGACAAGGCUAUAGACACGCUCAACGGCUCCGAGAUCAAGAGCAAGAAGCUGCGGGUGACCCCCUCGCAGUCCAAGUACCGGCUGUUUGUCGGCAACAUUCCCAAGAGCUGGUCAAGGGACGACCUGCACGCCACGCUGGAGGCGGAGGGCAAGGGCAUCACCAACCUCGAGCUGCUCAUGGACCCCAAGCUGCCAGGGCGCAACCGCGGGUAUGCAUUCGUGGAGUAUCACAACCACGCGUGUGCGGAGGUGGCGCGGCGGCACAUGACAGCGCCCUCCUUCCGCCUCGCAGGCAACGUGCCCACCAUCAGCUGGGCCGAACCCCGCUCUGAACCGGAUCCCUCUGCCAUGGCGCAGGUGAAGGUGAUAUACGUGAAGGGCAUAUCAGAGAAGGUGACAGAGGACGAUUUGAAGGAGGCGUUUCAGCGCUUUGGGGAGGUCACACGCGUGAUCCUGCCGCCCCCGCGCCCGGGGCAGCCGAAGCGCGACUUUGGGUUUGUGCACUUUGGAGAGAGGGCGGACGCGCUCAAGGCGAUUGAGACGCAGGAGAAGGUGCUGGUGGAUGGUGAGUGGUGCUGGUGGAUGGUGAGUGGUGCUGGUGGAUGGUGA